UGGAAAAAAAAAAAAAAAAACCCUCCAUGUUCAAAACAAAACAAAAGAAAACAAAAAUUAUGUUAUAAAUGAGACAGCAUAAGCUAACCUUUGAUUGUCGUUGACAAUGAGGCAAAAACGUACGAGAUAUGUGGAGUGGUCCAAUAACACCACCUUUGAUUAACGAGAGUGAAGCAAAAGAAGAUACUGAGUGAAAGAGAUAUCCAAGAGGGAGGGAGAGAAGAAGGUAGAUUAUAUAGGAGUUUGAACUAAACCGCUUACUCAAUUGGCCCUAAAACCCAAUCUCGUAGAAAAGAGUAACAAACUCAAUCUCAUAAAACUAGUAACAAAACCAAAAAUCAUAAAAGGGGUAUGUUUGUUAGUUUCUUCUUCUAUUAAGUUUCCCGUUUCUUCCUUCCCAAAAAAAUAAAAAUAAAAAUAAAAAUAGAAAGGUUUUCUGUUUCUUCCUUCAGAAAAAAAUAUAAAAGAAAAUAACUAAUAAGUUUCCUAUUUCUAGUAGGUUAUAGGAUUACAUUCCUGUUUCUCGCAAGAUUAAUUAGGUCAUUAUAUAAAUACAUGCUUUGGAAUUCAGACUUUACGGAUAUUAAUGACAGCAUCUGCUCUUCUAUCUUUAUAUUUAUAGAAUUUUCCGCAGAGUUUGAAACUUUCAUAUCAUACAGCCUCUUCUGCCGCGGCAGCCCCAAAUCCUAAAUUAAAUUCCCGCUUUGCCUCAAUUUAAGCAUUCCAAUAGCAAAGGCCCUAUCAUGGGAGAUCGGUGUAUAUCUCAAAUUUCCGUGGCCGCCGCCGAGCUUACCUCGAGUCAAGGCCAUGCCUUGACGAUGGCUUCACACCAAGAUGAUCUACUGGGCAAGAUAUCGGAGAUGGAGAUAUCUGUGGGCAAGAUAUCGGAGAUGGAGAAAACUCUGGGCCAACUGUUGGAUUGGUCGAAAUCAAUAACGCAGGAGCUUCGCUUACGACACCCCGGUCCACCCGUAAUGACGGAGCCGCUUCCACCUUCCACGGUGAUUGAGUACUGCAAUCCCAACCAUGAGGCUGAUGGUGUUUACCCAAGCUUGCCCGAGGAUUGGGAGCAUGCAUCAACGACGGUAAAUCAAGGGGAAACUAGAUCUGUAUAUUUAUUCGUGUCUUCUUAUGAGGACGAUGAGCAUGCUAAUGCAGUCUAUGAAGUGAAAUUCAAACAUGGAGGAGAAGUCACUCAUGAAUCCCCAGUAGUUAGACAUGUUGCCAAGUUUCGCAAUGGUUCUUGCCAUGAUGCUGCACGGAUUCUCAACCACUCCAAAUUAUAUUGCAUUGGACAUGAUGGUGGAUUUAUUGUUGACACGGAGAGUUGGUCAAAAUGUUCAUCUAUUCCUCCUAUCCCAGCCUCUAAAUCACUAGAAAAUAUUGUGUGUGCAUAUGGCAAGGUUUAUUAUCUCGCAUCUCCAUCAACCUUCUUAUCACCAGUUACGGGGCCCUCCUUUGGGAGAUAUGAUCAUGAUCAGAAGAUUUGGAAGCAAAUGACUCCUUUUCCAUUUUAUGAUGAUUAUGACCCCCGUAUGCAAGUAACUGGUUAUGCCGUUUGUUAUGGUGCUAUUUUGUUUUCAUUGUCUGGCUUGAGGAGGGGGAAAUUCGGUGUCGUUGCUUUUCAUGUGGGUAGAAAGGAUUGGAAUCGAGUGAAAGUUGACACUUCUGCUUAUUGUGCUCCUCCUUUCCAAGGGAGGGCCGUGGUUGUAAACGAGACUAUCUAUGCCUUAUAUGGGGAGUCAAAGAUUAUAGCAUUCUCCUUUACUAUGGACAAAGAUGAUAAUAAUGGUAUUCAUUAUUCCCUAAGACAACUUUUUAUAUUGCAAGGCCUUGAGUUCGAGUGUCCGGUGCUGCCAUGGUUUAACGACAGGUCACAGUAUUUGGUUCAUUUGGGGAACCAUGACUUUUUCCAUGUCCAGACUGGAUAGUGCGAUGGAUAUCUCAAGGUUCAAUAUCUUAGUAUCACCACGUUUCAAAUUGUUGUUGGAGAAGGAGGAAGACAUAUGAUCAAGACCAUAUAUUCAACCCUUCAUUCUGUGGAUAUCAAAGGCUCUGAAUGGUUUGAUCUUGUUUUCUGCUUCACACCUGAGUGCGAGGUUGAUGAACCCUUUGGAUUAGAAUGAAUCAGCCAAAACAAGAAGAAAUAACUGCCAUGAAAGCUGGAAAUAGAAGACCUGCAGCAUGAAGAAACCAAUGAUGCGUGAAUCGAAUAUUAAGAAUUGUGAAAUAUGAAAAUUCAAAACCCUUGGAUAGCCACCACCUAGAAUAAAAAAUCUCCUUAUAACUUGGUUUAGAUCAUUUUAAUUUGUCUUUGUUGACUUCCGCUUAUUUUAAUUAUAUAUUUAUGAUAAUUUUGUCUUGAUUCUUCCGAAAGUAAGAUGGAAACUGUGGUACUGUGUUAAUCUUUUAUGGAUUGGUUUUCCUCAAGCUGUGAACUGGUUCUACUUUUGCUUUUUUGAGUUUUAUCUUUAUCCUUUAUGGCUUGCUCUUGUUUGCUGGAUUGGUUUUCCUCAAGCUGUGAACUUAAUUUGGUUUUUUUUUUCCUAGUCCUAUUUCUAUGCUUUUCUAUGUUCACUCUUGUGGACGACCAAUACUGGAUCCUAUGUUAUCUGAUGUUUGGAUUAUUCAGUUUCUAACAAGAACUGCGGGUCAUUUUGAUCGGAUUGGUUUGUUUGCUGGACACCAAAAUGGUUCUGGGAAUCUAUUUGGGACUAAAGAUGGAAACUGAAAUAGAAGCCAUCACGUUUCAAAUUGCUCUGAGGAAAUCCUUUGUUAUCUGAUGAGGUCCACCUUGUUUGGAUUUUAUCAGUUUUCUGGAACCCUUCUGAGGAGAGCCCCAUACAUCUUCAGCUUUCACUCCCACAAAGCCCAAAUAUUUAACAUCUCUCUCAUAAUCUCCAAUUCAAUCUUCAGGUUCACAAGCUCAUCCCUUUAAGCAAUCGCUCUGUUCAAAUGUGUCUUUUUGAUUUUCUUAGCCAUAUUAGUGAUUAUGCCACUUCCCAUUUACCAUUCUUUGAGCCCGGAAGAGGUGGCUCAAAUCCCAGAUAAUUUUUUUUUUUUGACUCUGCUAAAAAGCGGCAGCAAGCGACAUAUAGAUCCAGUUUUGGCUGCUUCCAGUGUAAUCGUUAGUCUGCUGCAACAUCUUGUUUCACGUAAAGCCGACCCUUUGGAUUGACAGGUUCACUAAAGACCUUUGUUUUGUCACAUAUAGCAACUAGUAUCUCACUCACAUUAUUAUACUCACUCAUGUUAAAGUGAAUUAAAUGUAAAUGUACCACGUGGUAUACUACCAUAGUAUUCUAUAAUUUCUCUUUCAUAUGCUUGUUAGACCCCAUUUGCAAGGAAUAGCGCCCUCGUUACUCCGUAUCCAUUCAAUUUCGUGAAAGCUAGCGUAUAUGUCUUGCAGGUUGUUACAGUUGGAAAGUUCCAAGGAGGUGGUGCAUUCAAUGUUAUUCCAGAUUACAAUUGGUGGCACGUCCAGAGCAUUUUCAAAGGAAAGCUUUAUCCAACUUAAACAAAGAACAUGAAGACAAAUAUCGUAUGCUGAUUGUCCAUUUCUUUUACAACGUCUUAUAAAAAAAGUUAAUUCUAUAAGAAUUGGAGUUGCAGGUUAUAACAAGGCAAGCCAGUGUACAAAGGUGUAGUGCAACCGUCGUGUUCAAUGGAAACGAUAAGCCCUAUACCCCACCGUGGCUGUUAACGACAAAGAUGUGCAUUGACACUUCCGAAAUGUUGAAGGACAUUUGCUCGGGCAUCACUACAUAGUGGAGAGCCAACCGACGAUGGGUUCAUAAGACUUCUCAUUUUACAAAAGAGUAAUUAUUCCAGGAUACUUUUUUCUUCUUGGUAUGAAGAAUGAGAGACUCGAGGAAAGUUUGAAUCGGGGCAUUCACCGUUGUUUAGAAUAAAUGAAGGCGUUCUUCCGUAUGGAGCAGCAUUGCAUGCAUCAUUGGCCACAAGGUGCCUCCUGGAAAAUCAACCCAAAUCUACUUGGCCAAAAGGGAACUCUCAUGAUGAGGUAUAAAGCGCUAGGAUGAAGUGAGGGUUCUACCCAAAUCUCCCAUAUGUAAAUCUGACUUUGCACAAAGAAAGUCAGAUAUCCAUUAAGUGUUCUUUCUUUUUUAUAUAUUAAUGGUAGAGGAUUUCUAUGCUUUUCUAUGUUCACUCUUGUGGACGACCAAUACUGGAUCCUAUGUUAUCUGAUGUUUGGAUUAUUCAGUUUCUAACAAGAACUGCGGGUCAUUUUGAUCGGAUUGGUUUGUUUGCUGGACACCAAAAUGGUUCUGGGAAUCUAUUUGGGACUAAAGAUGGAAACUGAAAUAGAAGCCAUCACGUUU